GGAGAGAUUUGGUGCUCUCAUCAUGGCGGGAUACAUGAAAAUGAUUAGCAGUUUCAUUUUCACGAGUGUUAAAUGUAUGGUGCUGCUUUUGUGUUUACCGCAAAUAUCACACCAGACCACGGGAAACCCAGGUAACAAACCUCCAGUAAUUGAUUUACUUGAUGGAGAGGAGUAUGUCGAAAGAGGGCCCAACAGGUUCUGCUACAGAAACUCAGUAACGCCAACCUGGAGGCAAACAUGGGCAAGAAUUCAGGUCAAAGUGUGGAGCUCAAAUGUAUUUAAAAUGGAAACUGUGGAAGGAGAGGAGGAGCUGCAGGAGCUGGACCACUUCAGUUUCUGGGGCUGGUUUCAAAGCUUGUUACGUGAACGGCAAAAUGAAACCACUAUUAAUAUCGGCCUGUUCAGCAAGAAGACGUGCUUCAAGAUCGAUCCUGCUGACAAGACUGAGUACACCAUCAAACCCCUUCGCAAGUUUGAUAUCUACCUGUUUUUGGUGUUCAUUGCUGGAGCCUUGUUGUUCCUCUUUGCAGAUUCACUCAGCAGGAGUCAGGUUUUUUUCUACUCUGCUGGUGUGAGCACAGGCAUGAUCGCCUCUCUUAUCAUCCUCUUUUUCAUUUUGGCACGCUUUUUGCCAAAGAAAAGCCCUUUUUAUGUGUUGAUUCUUGGCGGCUGGUCAUUCUCUGUGUACGCCAUCCAGCUCGUCUGUAGGAACCUCAGCAUAAUUCUGCAAGAACACUUGCACAUGGCAUUAGGUUAUGUAGCAGUGGUGGGAUUCAUCAGUUUUGCUGUGUGUUACCGUUAUGGUCCUCUGGUGGAUGAGAAGAACAUUAACAUUUUGUCAUGGACGCUGCAGCUGUUUGGACUGCUCCUGAUUUAUUUAGGAAUUCAGAUUCAGCAAGUUGCUUUCGCCAUCAUUGUGGCAGCUUUGUUCUCCAAAAAUCUGGAUUACCCGGUCUCUCUGGCAGUUGCUGCAUGGAGGAAAGUCAGACGGUAUGUUCACUGGAAGCCAGAGCCGCGACGCCUGUUGACUGAGGAGGAGUAUCAGAAGCAGGGGGAGGAAGAAACUCGACGUGCACUAGAAGAGCUGAGGAAGCACUGUAACAGCCCAGAGUUCAGCCCAUGGAAGACAGUAUCCAGGCUUCAGUCCCCAAAAAGGUUUGCUGAUUUUAUUGAAGGCUCUCCUCACUUGAUGCCAAACGAGGUGUCUGUCCAUGCGCAAGAAUUUAGUUUUGAGGGAUCUCUCUUUGAGGAGGAAUUUUUUGACACCGAUGACGAGGACGAUGACGACGCUGUGAAGCCUGUGAUGGCACCAGAGUGAGAGAACACACUGAGCUGCAUAAAAAUUGAAAUGAUUAUUAUUACCUGUCAGAAAGGUGGCCAGAGAACAAGGCCUCGUGGCUUCAGUGCAAAUGCCCAGUGUGACUUGAGUAACGUACUGUGGAGGUUGGAUCAAGAAAAGCCUGGAUUGUCAUUUCAGUCAAGGCACCACCUUGUAUCUGGGCUUUCAACAAAUCACUGGCGGUCACAGGCAGACUAGUGUGGUCAGAUCUGUUAUUACCAUAAAAAUAUUAAAGGACUGAAUGUACAUUAAAGCCAGAUCCUUUUUUAAGGAACAAAGGCUUGUGUUAAAAUAGAGGUUAUAAAUAUGCUGACAGUGAGCGAGGCCAGUUGGAAGUCAAAGCAAAGGAACUUUUACUGUGUGCUGGAAGUUUGCGUUGCGGUGUCUUAUUCCAUAGCUUAUAAAAACAUUUUAGUUUUCACAAUGUUGUUUUCCGUCCUCUCACUGCAGAUGAUCCAUCUCUUACACACUAUUAACAGGUUCUCGGCUCAGAAGAGCAGCACAAUACAGUGGAAGUUACUUCAGCUUUCUGCUCAGGGAUUUAAUGAUUUGGUUAUGUUUGUUUUUAAUGACCAUAAAUUAAUUUUAAAAAAGUGUUCCAAAGUAUUCUGAAUAAACGAUACAAC